UCUCUCGUCACUCUCAGACUCAGUGUUCCAAUUCGUCUGGCAAACUAAAGUACGAAACCCUAGCUGUCGCUCUCUCUAGCUCUAGCCCUAGCCGUUGAACUUUCCCUUUCCCUUUCCGUCUCCGAUCGAUACCGAGAAUGAGAAUCCGCGGUGAGAGGAAUCGCCGUCGUUUCGCCGCCGAAACCCUUUCCCCAAAUCCUCCAGCCGAUUCAGCGCAGAGUCCUCAGGACAAAGGCAUAUCGAGAAUGAGAAUCCGCGGUAGGAAUCGCCCCCACUUCGCUGCUGAAACCCUUCCCCCAAAUCCUCCAGCCGAUGUGGAGCAGAGCCCUGAGGACAAAGGCAUAUCGAGAAUGAAAAUCCGCGGUAGGAAUCGCCCCCACUUCGCUGCUGAAACCCUUCCCUCAAAUCCUCCAGCUGAUGCGGCGCAAAGCCCUAAGAACAAAGGCAUGGAAACGUUUCAAGGCAUUGUCAUGGAGCUAGCGCAGACUCGCCCAAAUAGGAAACUGACGGGAGCUGAGACAGACCUUGUCCGGAAUCGCUUGAGGGAAUUCGCUUCUCAGUACAAAAACCCCGACCACCCUCCUUAUUCAGCGAUGAUAGAAACUGCUCUUGCUGAGUUGAAUGAUGAAAAUGGUUCGACUGUGGACGAGAUAUCUCAAUUUGUGCAAAACCGAUACAGUAAUUUGCCUCUGGCACAUGAAGAAUUUCUGCAACAUCAUCUGCGACAGCUCCGCGGAUCCGGUUACGUCGUUGCAACUAGGGGCAAGAGAUACAUGCUGAGCGCAGUUGAAGAACCGGCCCCUGAAGCAACCCCCGCAGCUGAGAUAAAGGCAACAAGGAGUAAGUGCCUGUGCAAGAAGUGCGAGAUAAAAAGGAGGCGGCACAGGCAGAAAAGAAAUCAACCGAGCGAAAUAGACGGUGAAGAUACUGACCAAAAGCCUGUUUCUAACGACGAAGAGACGCUGUCAACCGAACGUCUAGUGCAGAAUCAACCCGACCAGGCUGAAAACUGUACUUCAGUAGAGAUUCCAUGCUCGAAUGCAGCAGACGAGGAGACGUGGUCGGACGAGACGAGUUCAUCCAGCCGAGAAACCAGUCCUGAAACUUGUGAACCUUUAUCAUCAGAAAGGCCUUCGGGUGUUGAACUCACUGGAUUGCAGAAGCUAACGGCGACACUGAAACUUGUGCAGCUGGCGACCGCUUAUGGAUCUUGCAAAUCGUGCAAGACGUGCAAAAGGUGCCGAUUACUGUGCAAGAUGAGGCACCAGAGAUGUGAGCAUCUGCGUGUACCGAAAGUGACUAAGAUACCUCGAGAACCAGCCAACAUGGAGAUUCGGCAGUUGGUGCCACAAUCAGCCCCGAAGCAUUUGCCUGUUCACGGCCCCGAAAAUGGUGAGGAGGAAGGUGCACCAGUUGACUUACCCAAAGAAGGCAGGGAGCUCAGGCCUCGGAAACGGAGGAUGGAGCCGGACGAAGCUGAUCCUGAGUAUAUGCCUGGGCGAGGUCGAGGAAAGAGGCGCAAGCGUGGGAACCACCAGGUGAUUCGUCGACGUCGGUGAAGGCAUAGCAACAGAUGCCAUGGAUGUUGUUAUUCUCUGACCUAUUACUUACAUUUUUGGUUAUUUAUCUUCUGUCAAGCUUUAAUCUUGCAGAGCUGCUUAUUAUCUGAGAAGGGAAUUUGUAGGAAUUGUUGAAUUGUGUAUAUAUAUGGAUGGAUGGACUUGGAGAUUUUUUGAAGUGACUUUUUGAUUUGAGGGUUAAUGAAAUGAUACACAGAUGAUAUAGGUUU